AUGUGGACUCUGUUGACGUCGAAAACCAUCUUGGCCUGCCUUCUUGUUCUUGCCAUUAACGUGCUACUCUCCAAUGCUGCUAGCUUCUUACGUCCACAGUUGCAAGGGACGUCUGGUGGUUACAUUGCAGGCUGCCGUGACUCUAAGGGACAGCUGCAUGAAUUUUAUUCUUACUGGAGGACCGACAACUGCUUUGAUUGCUUCUGUUCCACAGAUGGAAUUGACUGCUGGUCCAGCUUUGUAAAACCAGUUGUCUACGAUGAGAAGUGUGUAAGCAUUUUCAACAAGGAGACCUGCACUUAUAAAGUAGUGGAGAAAGCUGAUCACUCAAAGGAAUGCCCAGUCUAUCAGCGGGUGGGCUAA